CACAGGCCCUACCCCUCCCUGGACAUUCUCUGAUGGAGGUGGAAUGUUUCCGUUGUACAUAUCGUGGCUUAUGCAUCACGUUUGAAAACAAGCAGUUUAAAUGAAUGUCUGUGCUUCUGUUUAAGAAGUACGCAAUGGAUUUAAUUUGACUGGUUCGCAGAACAGCUGGAUCGCUUAAACACUUCAGAGAAAGACGCUGUUUUUUGCUUCACAAUGGGAGAACGAGGACAAAGGCACCGGAUAAACCGCUGGUGGGUUACGGGAAUUCUGUUGCUGUGCUUUGAGGAGCGGAUUUUGGCGCAGCUAAGAUAUACUGUUCCAGAAGAAGUGCAAGUGGGAUCUACUGUUGGAAAUGUUGCUAAGGAUUUAGGGCUUGAUAUCAGCACUUUGUCAGACAGACGCUUUCGUAUUGUUUCCGGUCCAAAUCACGCUCUGUUCGAGUUAAAUCAGAACAAUGGAGUGUUGUAUGUUGGGAAAAUUAUGGACCGCGAAGAACUCUGUGAUGGAACCAAGGUUUGUUUGAUAAAUCUCAAAAUUGUUGUUGAAAAUCCGUUGGAAAUACAUUACGUUGGCGUUGAAAUCACGGACGUUAAUGACCAUUCACCGACUUUUCCAGAAAACGAGCAGAGGCUGGAAAUAGCAGAGCACGCUCCCACAGGAACUCGUUUCCAAAUCCAUGCCGCUCGAGACCCUGAUGUCGGUACACAUUCGGUUAGGUUAUAUAAACUUCACCCGACUGAUUUUUUUGAUACAGAAGUGAGAGACAGCGAAGGUGAUAAGAUACCGUUUUUAGUGCUGAAAAAGCCUUUGGACAGGGAGCAGAAGGCCCACCAUCGUUUAGUAUUGACCGCUGUCGAUGGGGGGACUCCGUCCAAAUCUGGGACACUUAAUUUAACGAUUAUUGUAGUAGAUGUUAAUGAUAAUCGCCCCUUGUUCAGCAAAGAUGUAUACAGUGUGUCAUUAGAUGAAAAUGUCCCGAUAGGAACUCUGGUAAUCCAGCUGAACGCUACAGAUUUGGAUGAAGGUUUGAAUAGUGAAAUUGAAUACACUUUUGGAAAAACACAAAAAAAUAAAGUGUACGACACAUUUGAAUUGGACACUGUCACUGGUGAGAUACGAGUGAAGGGAUAUGUGGACUUCGAGGACACAGAGAUUUACAGACUAGACUUGCAGGCUUCGGAUAAGGGUCACAUACCCUGGACAGCCGAAAGUAGACUAGUGAUAAAAAUUAAAGAUGUGAACGAUAAUAAGCCAGACAUUGAAGUGACAUCAUUAUCCAAUGCUGUCCCCGAGGACUCAAAGCCAGGCACUGUUAUAUCUCUCAUUAGUGUCACAGACAGAGAUUCGGGAGUUAAUGGGAAAGUUAUUUGUAAAAUACUGGGUAAUGUUCCAUUUGAUUUGACACCAUCAAUUGAGGAGAACAUGUAUUCUCUUGUCACAAAAGGGCGACUGGAUCGAGAAACGGUGUCCCAAUAUGACAUCACAAUAACAGCUACUGACUGUGGUGAACCUUCACUUUCCUCUGUACAAACCUUGCGUGUUCAGGUGUCAGAUGUAAACGAUAACAGACCGAUUUUUAGUCAGAAUCCAUUUGAACUUUAUUUGGUGGAAAACAAUGCCCCAGGUGCAUCGAUAUUUUCUGUGACUGCUGUUGAUCAUGAUCUGAAUGAAAAUGCGGCCCUGACAUAUCAUAUAGUGCGAGGUGAUGGGUCACGUGGUGAUAUGGCGUCUUUCCUGAAUGUAAAUUCGGAAAAUGGACAGAUAUACGCGUUAAAAAGUUUUGACUUUGAAACACUGAAAACUUUUCAGUUCCACGUUGUUGCGUCAGAUUCUGGAACUCCGUCACUGAGCAGCAACGUCACUGUGAACGUGUUUAUUCUGGAUCAGAACGACAACGCUCCAGUCAUCCUGUAUCCAGUCAGCUCCAACGGUUCUGCUCAAGGUGUGGAGGAGAUUCCCCGCAAUGUGAACGCAGGAUACGUGGUGACUAAAGUCAGAGCCUACGACGCUGAUAUAGGAUAUAACGGCUGGUUACUGUUUUCACUGCAGGAAGUCACUGAACACAGUCUCUUUACUUUGGACCGCUAUACAGGACAGAUCAAAACACUACGUCCAUUCACAGAGACAGACGAGGCUGAGCAUAAACUGGUCAUACUGGUCAAAGACAAUGGGAACGUUUCACUCUCAGCAACAGCUACUGUCAUUGUCAAAGUUGUGGAGCCAAAAGAAGCUUUUGCAGCUUCUGAUGUUAAAAGUUCAACAAAAGCAGAUGAGGACACCAAUGUGACUUUUUACCUGAUGAUAACAUUGGGCUCAGUUUCAGCUCUUUUUCUCAUCAGUAUCAUUGUGUUGAUUGCAAUGCAGUGUUCAAAAACCACCGAAUAUACUUCUAAAUAUCUACAAGAGGCUAACUAUGAUGGAACACUGUGUCACAGCAUCCAGUACAGAUCUGGAGACAAACGAUACAUGUUAGUUGGACCCAGGAUGAGCAUAGGAUCUACAAUAGUCCCAGGAAGCCAUGCAAAUACACUCGUGCUUCCUGACAGGAGAGGGACACCUGGAGAGGUAAGAUUAUAUUUUCAAGUUAAUUUACAACUGAGAACAAUUAGUAUUUAUUACACCCAGAGCAUGUUUUGA